UUUUUAAAAUGUUCCGAGCUGCACCUCACAGCUCUGAAAGCGCUCCAAACUCAUUCAUCCGCCUGCACAUCUCUCAAAGUGACCAGUGAAUGAUUCAACGGUAGUGUUGCGCGAAGGAAGACGAAACGUUCGCUCGGACGGAAGAUACAACCCGUGUCCGACAAUAAUAACCCGUAUUCGAUGGGAUGGUGGCCGGGUUCCUUUUUAUCUUCUGGUGGUCGUCGGUUGUCUCUCGUUGCGAGACAGGGAGAGAGAGAAGAAGGACAACAGAGAAGAAAACGAUGUCUCUGAAAACCGUCGAUGCGACCGUCUCGGAAUUUGAGGAAGUUUUCGAGCGAUUCCAAUCGGAGAAUUCCCAGAAUCAACUGAAAUUUCUGCUCUUCUUAGCGAACAAGGACCCCUCCACCUCCCUUACAUGGUGCCCUGAUUGCAAUGUGGCAGAGCCUGUAAUUUAUCAAAAACUGGAAGCAUCACAAAACGAUGUAGCACUCCUGAGAGGAUAUGUUGGAGAUAAACCUACAUGGAGAAAUCCUAGCCAUCCAUGGAGAGUUGACCCAAGAUUCAAGCUCACAGGGAUUCCAACACUCAUUCGAUGGGAGAAUGAAGCUAUCAUUGGACGCCUGGAAGACUAUGAGGCUCAUGUUGGAAACAAAAUUGAUGCCCUUCUAGCUAGCAAUUGAUCUUAUUCUCUAGCAAUGACUAUUUUCGUUCUGUUCUGAAGAAUAAUAUUUCACACCUUGAAGUUGUGAUGGUAGACAACAAACUUCACAAGUUAGCAUGCAAGAAACUUUAUGUUAUGUACCUUUGAUUCUCAAGGUUUUUCCAAUUAAUGCAAAAGCUAUGAAGAAUAAUGUUUCCCAGCUUGCAGUUGUGAUGGUAGACAAUAAGCUUAACAAGUUAGAAUGCAAGAAAUUUUUAUGUUUUGUACCUUUGGAUUCUUGAGGUUUUUCAGAUUAAUAGGAAAUCUGUUAUCAAGAAUUUUA